CAUAAAUCAUAUUUAGUGUUAGGUAGGUGAUUGUAAGAAAAAUCUAAUUCGAUUUUUAGUUCAAAAUUCAAAAUGUCUAAAUAUGAAUUUGUGUCUAUAAGUGAACCACUCGAUGUUGGUACCAGAAUCCAUUUUGAUGACUGUACAAAUAACGUGUAUUUCGUCGAUUUACCCAAUUCAGUUGUAUACAGGUACGAUUUGAAAAAUAAAAUUACCACGAAAGCGAAAGUAGAUGUUGUUGGGAUAUGGGGAAGGUCACUAGGAGUUCCACUCCAAGUUUAUACGGUUGUAAUAAUUGUUCCGCGGUCGCCAUCUUGAAAAAACGGCAUUUUUGCUAUAUCUCUGUAACUACAGAUUUGACAAAAAAUUAGUAAAGGCAUAAUUUGUAGCAAAUUGCGUUGUCUACAAUUUUGUUUAUAUAACUUUUUUUCAUAAAAUUUGAAAUAAAGAAGUUAUUAAGAAAAAUGAAAAAAAAUUUUACAAAAUCCUAAAUUUUUGAUCGACCUGGUUUUUUUUGAAAUCAUUUUCAUCUAAUAUUUGACUACAAAAUUUUUCUAAUAUCAUUUUAUUGUUAAAAUGAAAAAAUAAAAAGUUAUAUAACAAAAAAGAAAAUUUUCUCUUAUUUUCAUCAAUAACUUCUUUAUUUUUAAUUUUAUGAAAAAAAGUUAUAUAAACAAAAUUGUAGACAACGCAAUUUGCUACAAAUUAUGUCCGUACAAUUUUUUUCCUGAGAUCGAUAUUUACGGAUAUACAUAAAAAAAGGGGUUUGUAUACAUUUAUCCAAGAUGGCUACCACGGGUCAAGAAUUGCCAACUUACAAACUUGAAAUUCCCACUGACAGACAUCCCAAUAAUAAAAUUGCGUCCUCUGUGAAUGUAAUGAACCUUUGGGGUUCAUGUUUCCUGUAGCAGGAUCAAAUAAUAAAUUCAUAGCUAGUUUAACAAGAAAAUUAGUAUUCGUUGAAUGGGAUGGCGUAAGUCCCGAAGUAUCUAAAAUCGAACCGAUUACAGAAGUCGAAACAGAUAUGAAAGAUAAUCGAUUUAACGGUGGAAAAAUCGAUCCUUGGGGUAGACUAUGGGCAGGUACAAUGGGCCCUGCUGAUGAUAAAGGUGAAACAAUACCAAACAGAGGUGCUUUAUACAGUUUGGAAAAAGGAAAAUUGAAAAAAAAACUUUCGAAUAUUGGUAUCUCGAAUGGUUUAGCUUGGGAUACGAAAAAUAUGAAAAUGUAUUAUGUAGAUACUUUACAACCGAAAGUUUUUCAAUACGAUAUCUCAGAAAAUGGGGAAAUUAGUAACGAAAAAGUGGUUUUUGAAUUUAAUUCGAACGGUAUAGAUGGAAAACCGGACGGUUUAACCAUUGAUAAAGAUGGUAAUUUAUGGGUGACGGCCAUAUUUGGAUCAGUUAUUGUUAAAUUCAAUCCCAAUAAUGGAAAUAUGCUAGAUAAGAUAGUAUUCGAUACACCACAGCCUACCUCGAUAGCCUUCGGUGGUAAAAAUCUUGACGAAAUGUUCGUAACCACUGCAAGAAUUCCUGUAGGGAACGUAAUUCCACCUAGUCCUGCCGGUACAACUUAUAUUAUAAAAAAUACUGGCACCACUGGUUUUAAAGGAGAUAGAUAUAAAGAAUAACACCGAACAAUUUAUAAUUCUUCUAAUUAGGAUGUGAAAUAAGAGUGGAAUUAUGAUUUUAUCAACAACUACUUAUUAAACGAACAACUCACAGUAAUGGCGUCGAAGCGACUACUGUCUUAGCGCCAAACGUAUACAAUCUCGGUUCUCGCGGUGUUGCCGUUGUUAAAAAAUUUAUCCCAAUCAUAAUUAUCCUGAACGAUGUUUGUAUAUAUUAAAAAUUUUAAUAAAUAUCUAUAUAAGA